UUGGUCAAGUUGUCAUUGAUGAGAAGACACGACGAAUAACAUCUUUUUUUCCUAAACUAGAACAUUCGCAAUUAAAAAUUUUAUAUUGAUUUCUUCUCAUGAAUUAAAUUUUCAUAAUACGUACGAGUUCAAUCCUUCUACAGUACGGAUUCCCACCCCAAUUAUUGUAUACAAAGAUCAAAACUGCACCGAUAAAAACGAAUACAUUGGAAGUUGUGAUGGAAUCUUAUUUCGACGAUACAAGCAGACGGAAAAUGUCCACAGUGGAGGGCUACAAAUGAUUCGGGCAUCGGUUCGUGGUAUUCGUGAAACUUAAGUGAACAUUCUGUUGAUCGUUGGUCGGCGAUCGACUGAUCCUAUGUGCGCGUGACGGUGUCAUGAGCACAAACAACAAGAGACGCGGAACAAGCGGUUCCAGUUGUGCUGUCCCCGGGGUGCACGCGCUCGCCAGUGUGCCCACCGCGAUGUCCGCGGACCUAGCCUCGCUGUUCGAGUGCCCGGUGUGCUUCGACUAUGUACUACCACCAAUCCUGCAGUGCCAGAGUGGGCACCUGGUGUGCUCCAGCUGCCGGCCCAAGUUGUCGUGCUGCCCCACCUGCCGCGGCCCGCUCGGCAACAUCCGCAACCUUGCCAUGGAGAAGGUUGCUAGUAAUGUGAUGUUUCCUUGCAAACAUUCCAACACUGGCUGCACGGUCACACUGGUCCACACAGAGAAAGCUGAGCAUGAAGAGGCGUGUGAGUUCAGACCGUACUCCUGCCCGUGUCCCGGAGCAUCCUGCAAGUGGCAGGGUGGGCUCGAUCAGGUCAUGCCUCACCUUAUGAUGUCCCACAAGAGUAUCACAACGCUGCAAGGCGAAGAUAUUGUGUUCCUAGCUACUGAUAUUAACCUACCUGGAGCUGUAGACUGGGUCAUGAUGCAGUCUUGCUUCAACCAUCACUUUAUGUUAGUGCUAGAAAAGCAAGAGAAGUUUGAUGGCCAUCAGCAGUUCUUUGCAAUUGUACAGCUUAUAGGUUCACGGAAGGAAGCAGAGAACUUUGCGUAUCGGCUGGAAUUGAAUGGGCACAGGAGAAGGCUCACUUGGGAGGCGAUGCCAAGGUCUAUACACGAAGGAGUCUCAUCUGCCAUCAUGAACUCUGACUGCCUGGUGUUUGAUACCUCCCUAGCACAACUGUUUGCGGACAAUGGGAAUCUCGGGAUUAAUGUAACAAUAUCUAUUGCCUAAUAACCAACAUUGCCAUACUGUAACAAUAGUAAGUACAGAACAUACACUCAAACAAAUUUCAUUAAGUGUGUCCCCACUUAUAAACUUAUUUUCAUCUUGAUUCUUGAAAUUCCAAUUUGAUAAUUAUGCAUUGCUACAUGCAUGUGUUUGCAUAUGUGUCCAUUU